AUGUUAUUGUGCUCAAAGACUAAAGUUGCUCCCAUCAAACGAUUAACGAUUCCUCGAUUAGAAUUAUCAGCCGCUGUAAUGCUUACAAAAUUAGUUCAUCAUGUCCUUCAAAAGUUCGAAGUAAAUAAACUUUCAGUUCAUCUUUGGACAGACUCAGCAAUCACACAUAUUUGGAUAAAUGCUCAUCCAUCUCGGUGGAAAGAAUUUAUUCAUAAUAGAGUUUGUUUAAUUCAAGAAACGCUCCCUACAGCUAAAUGGCAUUAUGUACCAGGAAAAGAUAAUCCUGCAGAUUGUGGUACACGAGGACUUACCCCAACCCAACUAGCUAAACAUCAUAUCUGGUGGGUUGGUCCAGAAUGGCUCCAACAACCUUCUUCUACAUGGCCCACUACUUCAACAAACCUAGAAGUGAACGACGAACUAGAAGAACAUCCAAUUAAAGUGAACACUACAACUAUAAACAUGUCUGAAUCAUUCGGAAAUUUGAUUCUAAAGUAUCACGAUUUUAUGCGACUUCUUCGCAUCACUUCGCUUUGCAAAAGAUUUCUCCUAAGACUGCAAAACAAAAAGGGAAAUAUUACAAAUGAACCAAUUACUGUCCAAGAGUUGAACGAUGCCAAAUUUCACUGGAUCCAUCUAACUCAACAAGCAGCCUUCAGUCAAGAAAUUAGACAAUUAUCAAGAGGGGAACAUCUAUCAAAUUCCAAUCCUUUAGUUCGUUUAACACCAUUUCUUGACUCUCAAGGUCUCCUCCGUGUAGGAGGUAGACUUGAAUCAUCUAGUUUGUCUUUCAAUUCCAAGCACCCGGUCAUUCUUCCUAGAGAUUCACCAUUGACUAAGAUGGUUAUAAGAUAUGCUCAUCAAAAAACUCUUCAUGGAGGAAUUCAAAAAACUUUAUCUUAYAUCAUGAAUGAAUUUUGGAUMAUCGGAGGCAGAGCUUCAAUCAAAUCUUUAAUUUGGAAAUGUGUAAAAUGUGCAAGAUUUCGACAAAUCAAGAGCCAACAGCUUAUGGGUCAAUUACCGGUUCAUCGUGUCACGCCGUCUCGACCUUUUUUGCAUUCUGGAGUAGAUUAUGCAGGACCAAUUCACCUCAAAACAUGGCGAGGACGCACAGCUCGUGAAUAUAAAGCAUAUAUUGUUCUCUUCGUUUGUGAAUCGACUUCAGCCAUUCAUUUAGAAGUUGUAACUGAUUAUACAACUGACGCCUUCAUAGCAGCWUAUAAGCGAUUCACAUCCAGACGCGGAAUUUGUGCAACCCUUAGAAGUGACUGUGGAACCAAUUUCAAAGGAGCUGACGCAGAACUUCAAGCCCUUUUUUCUACGACCUCAAAACAACUUGGUAAAUUAGCUACACUUUUAGCUAACGAUGGUACUCAAUGGAUAUUUAACCCCCCGUCUGCUCCUCAUUUUGGGGGAAAAUGGGAAUCUGGAGUAAAAUCUGUUAAACACCAUCUUCGACGAGUAAUCGGUGAUCAUCGUCUCACGUAUGAAGAAAUGAGUACCUUUCUCACCCAAGUUGAAGCUACGUUAAACUCGAGGCCACUAUGUCCCCUAACUAAAUAA